UGUGCGGAAGGCAAGAGGUGAUCAAGGAGCACAGAAUCUCCCGAGUAUGAAGGGACCCACCGGGAUCAAAGCUGGGAGAAAGGAUUUUUGGGAAGAGCAUUGUCUUUGUGGUCACGGUGCCUCAGUGUGGGUGUCUGGCCCCACGGGAGAACUGAGUGGGGUUUUUCUGUUCUGAGGACAUCCUGCCUGAUCCUGGGCAAGGCUCUCGGGCUUCGACGGUGUUGAUUGCCUUCUCCUUAAUGAUGUCGUGUGCCACUGCUUCCCAGGGCUCCGUGAAGCUGCUCAGAAGCCCUUGAGAACACUUUUCAGCCAGGCAGGUUGCCUGGUCACUAUGAACCAUGGCCCAGCUAUACUACAAAAAGGUCAACUUCUCCCCGUACCGAGACCGGAUCCCACUCCAGAUCGUGCGAGCGGAGGCAGAGCUCUCGUCGGAAGAGAAAGCCUACCUCAGUGCUGUGGAGAAGGGGGACUAUGCCAGCGUGAAACAUGCCUUGCAGGAGGCAGAGAUCUACUACAACAUCAACAUUAACUGCAUGGAUCCUCUGGGGCGCAGUGCCCUCCUCAUAGCCAUAGAGAAUGAGAACCUGGAGAUCAUGGAGCUGCUGCUGAGCCACAGCGUCUACGUGGGGGAUGCUCUGCUCUACGCCAUACGGAAGGAGGUGGUGGGAGCUGUGGAGCUGCUGCUCAAUUACAGGAAGCCCAGUGGUGAAAAACAGGUUCCAACCCUGAUGAUGGACACCCAGUUUUCAGAGUUCACUCCGGAUAUCACCCCCAUCAUGCUGGCGGCUCACACCAACAACUACGAGAUCAUCAAACUGCUUGUCCAAAGACGGGUGACGAUCCCACGCCCACACCAGAUCAGGUGCAACUGUGUGGAAUGUGUCUCCAGCUCCGAGGUGGACAGCCUGAGGCAUUCCAGGUCGAGGCUGAACAUCUACAAAGCCUUAGCCAGCCCUUCGUUGAUUGCCUUAUCGAGCGAGGAUCCCAUCCUGACCGCCUUCCGCCUGGGCUGGGAGCUGAAGGAGCUGAGCAAGGUGGAAAAUGAGUUCAAGGCUGAGUAUGAGGAGCUUUCACAGCAGUGCAAGCGUUUUGCUAAGGACCUUUUGGAUCAAGCACGGAGUUCCCGGGAGCUGGAGAUCAUUCUCAAUCAUAGGGAUGAUCAGAGCGAAGAGCUGGAUCCCCAAAAAUGUCAUGAUUUGGCAAAGCUAAAGGUAGCAAUAAAGUAUCACCAGAAAGAGUUUGUUGCUCAGCCGAACUGCCAGCAGCUACUAGCAACGCUUUGGUACGACGGCUUUCCAGGGUGGAGGAGGAAACACUGGGCAGUGAAACUCCUGACCUGUGUCACCAUCGGACUGCUGUUCCCCGUGCUAUCCGUGGCGUACCUGAUUGCACCCAAGAGCAGGCUGGGACUGUUCAUUAAAAAGCCAUUUAUCAAGUUUAUCUGCCACACUGGCUCCUACCUGACCUUCCUGUUCAUGCUCCUGCUGGCGUCGCAGCACAUCGUCAGGACCGACCUCCACAUGCAGGGGCCACCUCCCACCAUCGUGGAGUGGAUGAUCCUGCCCUGGGUUCUGGGUUUCAUCUGGGGAGAAAUCAAGGAAAUGUGGGAUGGUGGAUUCAAUGAGUACGUACAUGACUGGUGGAAUCUGAUGGAUUUUGCAAUGAACUCCCUCUAUCUUGCAACCAUCUCCCUUAAAAUUGUUGCCUAUGUCAAGUACAACGGCUCCCGGCCGAGGGAGGAGUGGGAGAUGUGGCACCCGACCCUGAUUGCAGAAGCUCUCUUUGCAAUAUCCAACAUCCUGAGUUCCCUGCGGCUCAUCUCCCUGUUUACAGCCAACUCACACCUGGGACCCCUGCAGAUUUCUCUGGGACGCAUGCUGCUAGACAUCCUCAAAUUCCUUUUUAUCUACUGCCUGGUGCUUCUGGCUUUUGCCAAUGGACUGAACCAGCUUUAUUUUUAUUAUGAGACCAGUGCCUCGGAGGAACCCAACAACUGCAAGGGGAUCCGAUGUGAGAAACAGAACAAUGCCUUCUCCACACUUUUCGAGACCCUCCAGUCACUCUUCUGGUCUGUGUUUGGGCUGCUGAAUCUCUACGUCACCAACGUGAAAGCCAGACACGAGUUCACAGAAUUUGUUGGGGCCACGAUGUUUGGGACCUACAACGUCAUCUCCCUGGUCGUGCUGCUGAACAUGCUCAUAGCCAUGAUGAACAACUCCUACCAGCUCAUUGCUGACCACGCGGACAUCGAGUGGAAGUUUGCGCGGACGAAGCUCUGGAUGAGUUACUUCGACGAAGGCGCCACUCUGCCCCCUCCUUUUAACAUUGUCCCCAGUCCCAAGUCGGUCUGGUACCUUUGCAAGUGGAUCCACAACCAGCUGUGCCCAGGAGAUGACUCUGACAAUGAACAGAAGAGGCAUGAAAAUCUCAAAACAUUCACAGAACGUCACGCUGACAACCUGAUUCAGAAUCAACAUUACCAGGAAGUGAUAAGAAAUCUUGUGAAAAGAUACGUCGCUGCAAUGAUAAGAACUUCCAAAACCAAUGAAGGUUUAACUGAAGAAAACUUCAAGGAAUUAAAACAGGACAUCUCGAGUUUUCGCUAUGAAGUUCUUGACCUCUUAGGCAACAGGAAGCCCCAGAGGAGAAGUUACUCUACCAGCAGCACAGAGGUAUCCCAAAAGGAGGAAACAAAUGAGGACGGUGCUGGAGAAAAACCCAGAGCCAAGAGCGUGUCUUUCAAUGUAGCCAACAAGAAAAAGGACUUCAAUGUGUCUGCUCUGAUUAAAACCAUGUCUGGGAUGAACAUGGUGGAGGAGAAGCCAAAAAGCAACGGGAUCAGCAAGCGCUCCUUUGUGCGAAACGGGAACAGAGUGCAGAGACUCUCCAGCUCCAAGAAGGAAUCCUUCAAGAGGCUGGGCCUGCUCUUCUCCAAGAUGAACGGCCACGUCCCCGAGCCCAGCUCAGAGCCCAUGUACACCAUUUCAGACGGCAUCAUUCAGCCCCACUACAUGUGGAAAGACAUUAAAUAUUCUCCCAUGGACAGAGAGAGAGAAGAGAAUUGUUCCAAAAGUGAAAUUAACCUCAAUGAGGUGGCCUACAGUGGGAACACGAGACUUACAGGACAGAGCAAGGAGUGCCCUGUGGUUUGUACCAGUUCCCUUCACUGUGCUUCCAGUAUUUGUUCCUCUAACUCCAAACUUAUAGACUCAUCAGAGGAUGUGUUUGAUUCAUGGGGAGAGGCCUGUGACUUGUUUAUAAACCAGUGGAAAGACGGGCAGGAGGAUCAUGUUACCACUCGGCUCUGAGCAAAGCUCUCUUAACUCUCACUGGAAAACUCAGCCAAGUAUUGGUAAUUGUUUGCUCUCAUCUGGUUCAGCAUCACUGUUUCCUUUCUGUCCACAGGUGAAAAAAAAAAGUGUAAACCUAAUUAUGUUAUAGCCUAUUUUAUAGCCCUCUGCACCUUUUUAAGUUUACGUUUUUUACACUCACUAAUACUAAACUAAUGGUUUCACCAUUUAUAAGGUUGCCAUAAACCACAGGAAUCCAUUUGGAUGCAGUCUUAGUCUCCAAACCCCACAGACUUCAGGCGUGCAGGUGGCUGAGGAAAGGAUUUCUCCAGUGCUGCCAUCAUCAUCCCACCCCAGCUGGGUUUCAGUGCUGCUGUCCAACACCAUUGGCUCUGCAUCCUCAGUGUUCCUCAUCAACACAAACAGCUCUUCAGCAGCAGGCUGAGAAUCACACUGAAAGUAUUUUUCAAAGUGGUUUUGACCUAUAACUGUUUUUGUUUGUUUGUUUGUUUACUUUAAGCAAUAUGACUUCUGAUUCUUUUGGUUGUGCUUGUUUUUUCAGGCCACUAUAUUAAUAUUGUAAAUUAUUUAUGAAUAUGAGACCCCUUUGAUCAUCCACCCAGAGCAUAUUUUUGUUGCUAACAUAUUUGCUUAUUUACCUAAUUUCCCUUUUGGGGAGCAGAAGGACCUUCCAAAUAGGCUGACAGUGGGAGCCAGCACCUGGCCUUGCCUCCAACUCCUGUGUAGAUGAACUGAAAAGAAAACAACCCAAAACAACCCUUGCUGCUUGAAAUACAAAUCUCAGAGUAGUUUAUAAUAGGCUGAACCAAAACUCGGCCCUUUUUUUGCAAUUCCUAAUUUUACUUCCAGUGUUGCAUUCACUUUUUGCUGCCUCUCUGAUGGGUGUGAGGAGGAAAUCCAUCUUCUGAGGGAGGGCAUCUUCCCUGGGCCCCUGAGCUGCAGGUCUGAAAAGCAGCCUGAGCAAGAGCAGAAGUGGAACAGCUCUGCAGGUCCUUCUCUGAGGUGCAACAAAAAGGAAUGUGGCAGGAGGUGGUAUUUUUUAUUAUCUUUUAUUUGCCCAGCUGUGGGAGUGUCUGGAGAGGGCUUGGCACUGUCACUGCUGCUGUCCCAAGGAGCAUCAGAGCGGGGAGAAAGCCCCGUCAAGGGCAAGGUGGUUGAAUGCUUAACAGGGAUUUUUAGGGGGUUUUAUUUUAAUUUUUGAACAAUGGGAUACUUGAACUUUCUUCUGCAGUGCUGCUCAGAAACACAGAUGAUGGGCACUCAGCACCACCUCAGAGCUGCUCUUGGUCAGCUGCUUCCUUGGAGGGAGCAGGUCCUGCCCAGGAGCUCAGCAAUGGUUUUGUUCCUGCCCUCAUUCCUGCCCUCCUGCAGGGCUCUGCUCCCAGCAGGGUUAUGGAGCUCCACAUUUCCCCAGGGUGGCAGCCAGCAGUCACCUCAGCUGGGAACUGGGGUGUGAAUUGAGAAACAGAAUGCUGGAGAACCUACACCUGCCAGGGGCACGAGCAGCUCUGCUGGCAGCACGGAGGGUCAGAGGGGUGGGAGAUGCUGGAACCCCUGCAGCUGGAUACUCUGCCCAAGUUUUAAACCUGGCUCCCUCCUCUUGUGGGGGAAAACUCCCCUUGUGGGGUUUUUCCUUUGGGCACUCGUGCAGCUUCACCCAGCAAAUGGAGCACAGAGAGAAAUGUGAGUGCUGCAGCAGCUGCUGGGGCAGAGCUGGGGUGCCAACAGCCUGAACCCAUGGGGGUGCUCAGGGCAGCCCUCUGUGGCUCCAGGGCAGCCCUGGUGUUGAGAUGAAUCAGCAGCAAGGAGCAGAGACUCCAAGCCAUUUCUGCAUUCCUUGCUUAUAAUGACAACAGUCUUGUUAUCAGCAGGCAGUGUAAAACCCCAAAUAUUUAAGUGUCUGGAUGUGUUCGUUAAGGCAGAGUGAAAGGCAUUUUUGUAUCAACAGAUUUCGGGCUUUCACACUAAUUGCAGGGUUAGAGUUGUCUUUGAAAACUGCAUUUCCUCUUCCCUCAUGGAAGGCUGAGCAAACUGACAUUGGUGGUACACAAGGAGACUUGUAAAGCCCGAGGGGGGAGCAGCUUGUUGGUCAUUCCAUGAGGAAAUCAGGCACCCCUGGCUGGAGGAGCAAAUCCAUCGACAGGGGAGAGCCACAGGCAGAACCCAUCAAGGCAAGGCUCACAAUAAAAGCCCCACAGGUCAAGAAACCAAACUGAGCACAUUUGUGCAAAGAUAAACAUUAACAGGAGCUGCUGCAGGGGGGUGAAUUCGAGCCCUUUGAUGCCUCACCUAACCCACACUGCAGUCUGUGAACUCUGCUUGACGUGGGGCCAGCCAAUCUUUGUGGCAUUUCCUGGGUAAGGAGGAAGAAUGAAAACAAUUCAAGUACAGUUAUGCAGAUUACAUCAACUGGGCUUGAAAUUGGGCCAGAAGCUGGGUUUGUAUCCUUGGACAGCAGAAAGGCUUUGAAGUGUUCAGUGAGAACAAGCACACAGCCGCUGGUGACGCUCACUCGAAUGCAUUACCAGGUACAAACAGCACAAAGAGAGGGAAUUAACUCAGCAGUGCUGCCCCCAAAAAUGCAAAAAUCCCUCCCCUGCAGACUGUGUGAGUUAUGUUCCCCUGCUGGUCCCGAAAGAGCAGGGCUGGGAGCUGCCAUGUGGACAAGAGAUCUGCAAGCCCCCAGUGCUGGGCUGAAGGGGGAGAUGCUGACGUGGCUGGGGCUCCCCUGGGCUUUGUUUCAUGACAGAUCCUUCCUUGCUCCCAGCCGCGAGUCUGAGCCGACUCUGGAGUUCAACACAAAUAUUUGAUUUGGCUGUGAUUAAUACACGUGUCCAGGAGUUUGAAAAACUCAAAUUGGUCCCCCCAAAAGGCAAAAUUCUCUUUGAUUGCAUCUAUGCAUCCCUGUUGAUAGCAAUAGACUUUGGAGCAGCUGGUGAGUUAUUAUUAUGCUAAAACAGGAGCUUCAGGGGAGCGAAAUUGAAGUACCUUCCAAAAAAUACAUUUGAUUAAAAAAAACCAACCCAGGUUUUGCUUAAUUCACUUGCAGCACAAUAUUUUUGAAUGCACCAAUAUUUUUCUGCUUUCAAUGGCUCAAAAAUGAAAGCGUGUUUUAGUGAAAGUUCUUUCCUUCAGAGAAAUGAGUGAAUGACCCCUGUGCUGUCUCUGCAAGGGCCAGGGUAGGAGCUGAUGGAACACUUGGCUUUCCCCUGUGAGAACUUAAACUUUUCCUUAGCUCAGCUGGGUCACGCCUGGCCUGUAUUCUGUGGGCUUCAAGAAGGAUCCUUGUAUAUAUGCAAGGAGUUUGGAAUUAGGAAUAACACAUUUUUCAACUAUUUUCCCUUCCUUAGAUUUCUUGCUCUUGAAGUUGCAUGUUUUCUCGCCUCCCAUCCCAGUGUCAUUUUCACCUGGCUUUUUAAAGCAGCACACCUGCAAAUGGUCAUGGAAUUAUGGAGUGGUUUGGGUUGGAAGGGACCUUAAAGUUCUUGUUCCAGCCCCCCUGCCAUGGGCAGGGACACCUUCCACUAGGCCAGCUUGCCCCAAGCCCUGUCCAUGGACACUUCCAGGGAUGGGGCAUCAUCACCAAGUAAAAAGUUAACAAAUAACACCCAGAGUUAAGAACUUAAUAGAGCUGGGAGGUGUUUGUACUCAGGUCAGGGAUUACCUAAAUUGCUUCAGAAACAAGAAAUUAACUGAGUUAUCUGUGCAGGUUAUUUGGAUAACUGCAUUUGUACGUGGCUCACUUGCUGGUAAAUAUGUAAAUACCCCCGUGUUUGUAGCUGUGUCCCCUCAGAGGAAGCACGGGCAGGGUCAGAGCCAGGAGGGAGCUCAGCUCCACUCCCUGCUCUGCCUCUGCCUCCCCCGUGACCUUGGGCAAGUCACUCAGCCUCUCCAAUGCCUCAGUUUCCCCAUCUGUAAAAUAGGGAUAAUAAUACUUACCUACCUCGCAGGGGGGGUUAGUUCAUUAUUUAUAAGCACUUUCCAAUUUAAAGGCGCUAUAUACAGUACGUAGUUAAUAUUGGUAGCAGUAGGAUGUACUUUUAUUUUCUUACAACUAAUUCAGGUUAGGAUUUAACUGUUAUGUCUGUUACGAUAAUUUUCCAUGUAGGAAACUCGCAUGGUUUCCCCAUGAAGGGAAUUUAGGGGACUUCUGCAGUAGACAGAGAGCAGGAGCAGCAUACCCUGAAAGCCUAAAUUCUGACACCUUUGCUUUUGUGAUUUAUGCCUCACCCGAAAUGUCACCUUCCUGUAUUUGUGUUCCACCCCUUUCCCCACAGCCCAUGUAACAUGAUUUUUAGCAGAAACAGCCACUGUAAAUAUUAAGAGUAUUUAAAUAAAUAUAUUAAUGUAUGAAUAUAAACCCUUACCUUUGAAAGAGGUUAAAAUUGGUUGGUACAACAGGAUUCUAAGCACGGAGGGGCUCCACAGGCAGCUCAGCACUGCUGCACACCCGGGGUAGGGCUAUAGGAAAAUUUCACAUCAGCACCUCUGUGAUAAUCACUUUUCACCCCAUCACUGGCAGGGAGAGCUCAGCUGGCUGUCCCAGGAGGGCAGAGGGAGGCUGUGACUGGAGCAGGGCGGCUCUGCUGCUGUUCUGCCCCAGGAGAGGGGACGGCAGCUCUGCACACCCACCCGGGCAGCAGAGAGUGGCCAACACUGGCUGCUGGAGGAGCCUGGACAGCUGGACACUGUCCCCUGCAUCCCUGGGAGGGGCUCCUCACACAGAUUUCUCUGUACAAUGUGUUUUCUGUAGUGUACACUCUUUGAGCAAGAGGAGCUCAAAGAGGGGACUGGCAGGGCAGGGCACUCCGAGCUCCCUGCCAGGGACAGGAGCACGGGCAGGUCCCUGCUCUGGGGACCUGGAUGUUGUUGACAGGGAUAUCUGACAGUUAGCACCAGUGUGAGCAAGGAUCUGAAUCACCUCUGGGCUUUCUAGCAGCUGCAAACCACCACUCACUGCUCUCACACCACGAUGUAUUUAAUAUUGUCACACUUCCCUUCCCAGCUUCACUUUGGGUUGCUGCUUUCCUUUCCAAAGGACCAAAAUCCCAAAGAAAAGCGUAUUUCAGUGAACCAGGAUGAGGUUCAGUGCUGGUUGAAGUCCUGGCUGGGCUCUCCUUUAACCAGGCAGCUCCUGCUGCAGUGCCCAGCCCUGUCCCACAGCCAGAGAAAGCUCUGUGCAGCCCCCGAGGAUUCCCAAAGGAUCAGGAGCCACCCCCCCUCCCACCUCUGCUGCAAUUCCACACACAGAACGGCAAAAAACCAUCAAAACCAUCCCAGCCACCAGGGCUGCCUGGAGUUAGUGAGAGUUGUGCUUUAGCUGAGAGCUCCUGGAGGUGUUUUUGGGGUGCAGGGACCACCAGAGGCACUUCCAGGCUCUGGCACAGAGCCCCAGUGGGAGAGGGGCCAGGGCUGCUCACACCUCCCCAGGGCUGCUGGGAGCACCAGGCACCCGAAUUCGUGUCAUGGGAAAAUUAAUUGGGAUCAGGGCAACUGUGGUGGGUAAUGAAUCCACUCUCUGGAGAAGCAUCUAAAAUAAACUGUCCCCCAAAAGAAUCUGCAGUUUUCAGUGGAUGUGUGAUGUGAAAGAGCUAUAAAGUCACUUCCUCACUGGAUUUUUUUGAAGGAGAUAGAGAAUACUCUGGGCUAGCCACACCAGCUUAUUUCCUAAACAUAUAUAAUUUGAUUACAUUUCAUUUUCACACUUCUUCCUCCAUUUCAGGCCCUUUUUACAAAAGAGUAAUUUCUAUAAUAUUCAUGUAACUGCCUCCACCCAGAACAUCAACUGCUCUGGAGGCAAUUCGUGACCAAGAACCGUUGUUCUAAAAAGAAAACAUGUUUUAUCUAAAGAAGUACACUUAAAAAGCAAAAGUGUUUGAUCCUCAUCUUCCAAACCUUUGAUAGCAUUUUGUGCUUCAGGGAAACACUUUGACCUGCUCUGUUGUUUUUUUUUUUUAAGGUGUGCAAAGCAAAAUGAAACCCCCAAGCAGAACAGAACAGAGCUCAAACCACCCACAAUUUUAGAUCUAGUUCCUUCCAUACAGAAUCCAGCUUUGGGUUGGAACAGACCCCUGGAGAUCCAAUCCAACCCUCUGCCAAGGGGGGUCUCCUGACAGCUCCUUCUCCACCAAAACCCACCCACGAGGGACACCAGUGCAGCCUGUCCCAUCCCCGCUCAGCACAGCCCAUUUUGGGGGAUUUUUUUCUUUUCCCAUCCCAUUGGAAGCAUUCCCACAUCAGCAGCACCCCCUGAGGCAGCAGGGAUGCUGUGCCCAGGGCUCAGAGUGCCCCGUGCAGGAGCUGACAGAACACUGUGAUACCUUUAGCCAACAGAGCGAGAGGCCUUUUGACUAUAAAUAGUUGUUUUUCAGCAAGGGGGCACUUUUGGGUCUUAGCUAUUUUUCUGGCUAUUGUACAGUUAUUUAAAAAAUACUGAAGGUGUUUAUAAGGCAGGUCUGGGACCUACAGGGCUAAGGAUAUUGAGAAGUAAAAGACAGUAGCAGAUACUUGAGUAUUCUAUUUUCUAUAUGGGAGCCCUGGAGACCUGGGCUGACUUUGAAGUUUUUUUAGCAAUCAAGUUUUAUUGUCAAAUUAAAUCUUCAUUAAUAAAAAAAGCAACCACAGAAACAGCCUCCACACCCAAGCAUAUUUUAAAAUGCCAUCUUAUUUCAUGGAAUUACAAAAAAAAAAAAAAAAAAAAAAAAAAAGUGAGGCUUUUUUCCAUCCUCCCACCCCCUUCUUCUUUAUUUUAGUUUUGCUCAAAAACUCAAAGGCCUUUUCCAGCAAAAAAGCUUUUACAUGUUGUAAGAAUUUUGUGUAUGCAAAGACAGAAUGGGGACCUCAGAAUCUGCCAGUUGAGUGGUAAUAGCCACCCCUGGAGAAAAGGGCAAGAGCAAAAAGCAAAAACAGAUGCUUAGUUUUAUGUACUUUUCUACUUGCAUCUCUUCCACCCGUAGUGCAACUCCAUGUCAGACCCUCGUAUAACCUGUACAAAAUGAAACAAUGUACAUAACAAAUAAAAUUAUUUAUUUUAUGUGUAUUUUUAGCUUAACUGUAAACUAAAAAAAAAAAAAAACAAAUAAAAAGCAUUUAAUUUUUUUCCCAAAAAUGUAAGCCUAUUGAAAAAUCAAGGUGUUUCUACCUUUUCAGAUGUAACAUUUCCAGCUGCCUAUUGAUAAUAAACAUUUAUGAACAGCAA